AAAACGAUUCAAUAUUAACCCAGUUAAAAUGUUAAAAUCUAAGUAUGCCGCGGUUCUCACUUCAACUGUCUAAUAUCAAAAAGUCUGUAAACAAUCACCCCGCUCUCGAAUCCAUAAAAAAUGGCUUCCGUUGCGCCCUUGAUCUCUAUGGCGGCUUCCGAAAAACUAUCGCCCACUCGGAAAAUACCAUCUCCCUAUCGAUCGACACCGGUCAAAAAUCAGUAUUCUAGAUCUUCGAAUAAAGUGUCCCGCAAUAACACAUUCAUUGCAACCAGUCGUGGAAGUGCUGAGAACGGUGGUGAUGGGCUUCACUUCUCAGACAAUGUUAACGACCGUCAGGGUAAGGCUAAAUGUGCCAGUGCUGGUGCCGUGGAAGGAUUAAAGCCACAAAUCGAGAGCGAAACAUGUGGCGAUGUGGUUGAUAUCUUCAAGGGAGAGGAUAUCACGUUUUCAGAAGGGUCAGAAGAAAAUCAUCAAGUAAGGGAGAGGGAUACUUGUCCAGAGGUCGCUCCGUCUUCCAUUACCGAAGAUAUAUUGAAAAAACCCAGUGCGAUCCCCGUCAAGACCAAAACGAUCGUAGGACGUCCUAUUCGAUCCCAGCGUAGCUUUAUCAGUGGGAAUGACUCGAAAACCAUCAAGUUUCUUCUAAAAUUGACCACAAAAAGUUACUUCGAGACACUUAAGUACGAAAUCGAGCGCAUCAAAGACAAUGAAAGGAAAAUUCAGGAUCAAGUAAGCUCAAAUGCGCACUCGAUCAUGGCAUUGAUCAACAAAGGAGUUGAAUUCGACCGCAAAAUGGAAGACCUCCGUGCACAAAAUGCUCGAUUGCUGAUAGAAACAAGAGAGAAAGAUCGUGCACAGCAGGAUACAGUUAACGUGAUCACCAGCGAGUUGAACGAACUUAAAUCCGUCUGCAACCUACUCCUAAAAAACAUUGAAAAGGAUCAUGAGCUAGAAAUUUUAGCCAGAAAACUCCGCAAGUCCAAGCGAUUCGAUUCAAACACAUACAAAAUGCUCAGGACUCAACUUCGGAAGCCGCUUAAGUUAACUGAAUCGCGAAAAGCGCUUCCUACGUUGGUUUCAAACCGGUCGAGCACCAUUUCUUCAUUGACGCGAGAACGUAGCGAAGCAGCUUUGAGACGACAACGAUCCAAGGCGUCCCAAUGGUCCUCAGCAAAGCAAAAAAAUGGAUGGUCAUCAUUAUCGAGCAUGUCGUCGGUGGAGACUGGUUCGGAUAUGUUGACGGACAUCGAAAUAACUUUGGAUAGGAAGAGCCGCAGCACUGGGACUUCGCGGAAAAGUUUAAAACCUUCAGUUGUGCCUACCCAAGACGAAUCCGAUCAUAAAUUACCUGUGAAACAGAUUAAAACGAAGAAACGAACUGGGCUAAUGAAGAUUUUCUGUUGUGGGAGCGGGACAAGAACUUCGAAGCGCGUUAACGACAAAAAAGAAUCGUAAAGAAAUAAAA